AGGGGUUCCACAGAUAGAUGGCGUCCGUAGCGAAGGCUUUUUCUUCAAAUCCGCCAUGGGUGCUCGGGGACGAGCAAACCAAUAAUCCCGUCAGACACGGAGCACAGUUAAUACACAGUUUACCCAGUACCACGCUGAGUAAAUAAACAUCGUAGGCUGUUAAAUCUCCAUUGCUUGGUCAACAUUAUCAUAGUGGCAUCAUUAAUUUAAUGAUAGUCUUGAACAACCAGUAGCCUAUAGUAUAUUUAGGUUACAUCCUCGAAAUAAUCCGAAAACGUCAGGACUAAUGCGGUGGGGAUUAUCAACAGUGUGAAUACAUUUGAAGAUUCAUUUGGUAAGGGUUGCUCAGGGGAAGGCAGAGGUGAGUGAGCAGUAUGCUGUCAGGGGAGGAGCUACUGUGCAGCACCCAGCAGGUGAUGGCCGGGCUAGAGGCUCUACGUGGAGAGAGCAGCUCACUGCUGGACAGACUCAAAGAGGGGCUCCAGAGACAGGCAGCCACUGAGCAUGGCACCCUGGAGCAGGAGAAGAGCAUCAUCAUCCAACAAUCGCUGGAGAGGAUAGAGCUUGGCCUUGGGGAAGCACAGGUGAUGGUGGCACUGUCUACACACCUGGGCUCUCUGGAAGCAGAGAAGCAGAAGCUGCGUGCCCAGGUGCGGAGGCUGUGCCAGGAAAACCAGUGGCUGCGGGAUGAGCUGGCUGGGGUACAGCGGCGGCUCCAGGGGUGCGAGCAAGAGCUGGUGAUGCUGGAAGAGCAGAACCGCCACCUGCAGUUUAUGAGCAGCAUCCACAAGUACGACCAGGACCAGCUUCCACUGGAAACAAAAGAGACAUCAGCAAAUAUGGAGUGUCUGGAUGAUCUCUUUCCUACUGAUGAAGAGGAGCCAACACACAUCCUGUCCUCAGGCUCUCAGCAGCAUGUGAGUGCAGUGGCAGCUGCUCAGCACGGCGGCUAUGAGAUCCCAGCCCGUCUGCGCACCCUCCACAACCUUGUGAUCCAGUACGCCACUCAGGGCCGCUAUGAGGUGGCUGUGCCCCUCUGCAAACAGGCGCUGGAAGACCUGGAGAAAUCGUCUGGUCACAGCCACCCAGAUGUGGCCACCAUGCUCAAUAUACUGGCACUAGUCUACAGAGAUCAGAAUAAGUACAAAGAAGCAGCCACUCUUCUGAAUGAUGCUCUUGCUAUUCGUGAGAAGACCCUUGGCAUGGAUCACCCAGCGGUGGCCGCUACACUGAAUAACCUGGCUGUACUCUAUGGAAAGAGAGGGAAAUACAAGGAAGCAGAGCCAUUGUGCAAAAGAGCACUGGAGAUCAGAGAAAAGGUCCUAGGAACAGAGCACCCAGACGUGGCCAAGCAGCUCAACAAUCUGGCACUGCUGUGUCAGAACCAAGGGAAGUACCAGGAAGUUGAGCACUACUAUGAGCGAGCCUUGCACAUUUACAAAAGCUGCCUCGGGCCUGAUGACACAAACGUGGCCAAGACCAAGAACAACCUGGCUUCGUGUUAUCUAAAGCAAGGGAAGUAUAGGCAAGCUGAAGCACUCUACAAAGAGAUCCUAACCCGUGCCCAUGAAAAAGAAUUUGGAUCAGUGGAAGGAGAUGGGCGGUCAGUCUGGGUCUACUCAGAGGAAGGAAGCUCAAAUCAGGACAGCCUUAGCAGCCUGAAGCGGAGUGGCUCCUUCACAAAGCUCCGGGAGUCGAUCCGACGCAGCAGUGAGAAGUUGGUGAGGAAGCUGAAGGGGACUGGGGCCCAGGACAUGACCCCUCGGACUGCUGGGAUGAAGAGGGCGAACUCCCUGAAUGUGCUCAACGUGGAGAGAAGAGAGACCUCAGAGGCUGCCCAGAGUCUCAGUGGCUUGAUAGCGUCACAAGGCCUAAGCCCCCGUCCCUUGACCUUGGGUCGUCGCUGCUCGACGAGCCAGCUCACCUCACCAAUACUGAACUGAAGAUGCUGACUUAAAUAAUGGCUACAAUUUCGCAGACAAAACAAAAGCCUAUUUGCUCACUGUGUUGUUCUGCUAACUGGAGAGAAUAUAACUAGUUUUCUCUCAGAAUGUAGAUGUAAUUCAACCACUUUGGUGAACACUGAAUCUGAUGAUCUGUGAUACUGUGUGUGAAAUGAGGAAUAAACGCCUUCCUUCUUACUGGAUGUAAGGAUUCAAACUGAAA